CUGAAGCGCAGCGGCCUGAGGAGCGCCAGCGGCCGAGAUCCCCGACUGUCCGCCCGGACUCCGGACACUGGACACCGCCGUCAUGAAGGCCGGCGCCGCGCUCAUCGCCUGGAUAUUCUGCGCAACGUUGCUCCGGUGGAGUGGGGCCACGCUAGAGGAGGCGGCCGUGGCAGAUCUGUGUCGGAUUGAUGAAGCAUCAUGCCAUAUUGAAGAGGAGGUUCUCCGCUUUGAGGCCAUCAUGAGCAUCCAUAAGCAGAUGGACGAUGAUGCCAAUGGAAAUGUUGAUGUGGAGGAGAGCGAUGAGUUUUUGCGAGAAGACCUGAACUACCAGGACGCUGCAGCAAAGCACAGCACCUUCCAUGGGGGAGACAAGCUGAUCAGUGUAGAGGACUUGUGGAAGUCAUGGAAAAGUUCGGAAGUGUUCAACUGGACAGGAGAGGAGGUCAUAGAGUGGCUCAUCAACUAUGUGGAGCUGCCACAGUACGAGGAACACUUCAGAAAACUGCGCAUCAAUGGACAUGACAUGCCAAGGUUGGCUGUGAAUAACCUCACCCUGGCCUGCUCUCUAUUGAAAGUGAACGACAGAAGCCACCGGCAGAAGCUCCAGCUCAAGGCUCUGGACACUGUUCUAUUUGGGCCACCCCUGUUGACACGUCACAACCACCUGAAAGACUUCAUGCUGGUGGUUUCCAUAGUGAUUGGUGUCGGUGGCUGUUGGUUUGCCUACAUCCAGAACCGAUACUCCAAAGAGCACAUGAAGAAAAUGAUGAAGGACCUGGAGGGGCUGCAGAAAGCCGAGCAGAGUCUGCAUGACUUGCAGGAGAGGCUCCUGAAGGCACAGGAGGAGCAUCGGUCAGUGGAGGUGGAGAAGGUGAACCUGGAGCAGAAGCUGCGGGACGAGAUAAACGCGGCGAAGCAGGAAGCCCAGCGACUGCGUGAGCUGCGGGAGGGCACGGAGAAUGAGCUCAGCCGCCAGAAAUAUGCUGAGGAGGAGCUGGAACAGGUGCGCAUGGCACUGAAGAAAGCGGAGAAGGAGCUGGAAUCGCGUGGGAGCUGGUCCCCACCAGAAACUCUGCAGAAGUGGCUGCAGCUGACUCACGAAGUGGAAGUGCAGUACUACAAUAUCAAGAAGCAGAGCGCUGAGAGGCAGCUGUAUAUCGCCAAGGAAGGGGCAGAGAAAAUAAAGAAGAAGAGAAACACCUUGUUUGGAACUUUCCACGUGGCACACAGCUCCUCGCUCGAUGACGUAGAUCACAAAAUCCUGGCUGCAAAGCAGUCUCUGAGUGAGGUUACCGCUGCACUGCGGGAGCGACUCCAUCGCUGGCAGCAGAUCGAGGUGCUCUGCAAGUUUCAAAUUGUCAACAAUCCUGGCAUCAGUGCUCUCCACUCAUUACUGAACAUGGAUCCAAGCUGGCUUGGACAGAGCAGAUCCACGCCAACACAUUUCAUCCUGACUGAUGACCUGGAUGACAUGGAAGAGGAGCUGGUCACCCCCGUCACCCUCCAAUAUAUGGCAUGGUUAAUGGAUCACAGAGUCACUGAUCGCUCCAGGACACCCCUAGACAAUCUGUCAACAUGGAGCUCCACUGCUUCCCUCAGUGUGCACCCAUCUGUUCGCCAACGCCAGGUUGACCCCCAGCAUGCUGCUGGCUCGCAGAGGGACUUAAACCACUCCGAUUCAGAAUCUUCCAUUUCCCAGUGCAGUGAUCUGCAGCGCCUUCCUGCUUUGUCAAGCUCUCUGGGCAGCCUGCCACACAGCUCUGGGUCACGGUCAAUGCUGUCCAAGCCUUCCUGCCUGCUGAAACUGACAGAGGAGAUCACCCCUUCACCAAGCACGGCCUUGGACUUAAAUACUCCCAGCCCGAAUGGCAGCAGCAAGCAGGGUGACUCGCUCAGCAGCAUGUACUCCGAGAGCAUCCCGGACAGUCCCAUGGGCAGCCGGCCGCCCUACCCCGGCCGAGGUCUGGAAAAGUCAGCCAGCCUGGGUGAGAUCCACCGGGGGACCGAGGGGUCAGCCAUCAGCCCAUCCGAGUCCUCGCGCUCCCUCAGCCCCACCUCCACUGAACCCGAGGCCCCGGCCGCCGACAGCCGGAAUGGAGCCAAGAUCACCAAGAUCCCGCAGCUGGCCUCCAGGAAAUCCCCAAUGGAGGAGGACAGUACAUCCACCGGUGAGGAAACGGAGCCCAACCCCGGCAAGAAGAAGCCUGGCUUCAAACUCUUCAAGAAAAAGAACAAGUAGACGAGGACGGGCGGGGAAGGCGUGGUGAGCCGGCCGAAUCUGAACUGGGAGAGGCCCCAUCUUGGCGCAUUCUCCACCCAGGCCCUGGCCAAAGUGAUUUGUUAGCAGCCUCUGUUCCCAGGGAGUGGAUUUUAUUUAAUCUUAUUUAUUUUACAGACUGGUGUUCCUAUUCCGGUGGCUAGAGCAGAGAGGGCUUCAUGCUGUGUGGGCCCUCGCACCCUCUCCCCCAAUCUUGCUGCAUGCAUUCUCUUCCAGUGCUAGUGUCCAUCCCUCCGUGACCCCCCCCCACCCACCCGCCCAAAGCCUGAGCUGCAUCAGACCAGUAAUGCACGUGCAAGCUUCCGCAAAAAAACAAGCAAAAAACACCCCUCUGGGAGCUUCGAUUAAGGUUUGAAGAUGAGUAACCAAGGGAGAAGCUUUUUAGACUGUAACCUGGCAGAUUACCUGGAGUCAGCAGCUUUCCUGUCCUCUGUGGGAUGUGGUGGGUUGGGGAGUGAUCUGCCCUGCUCAAUCCUCAGCUUUCCACACCGAAGUUGCACACAGUCACGUUUGGUUUCAAAGGUGCAGAUUGAUGAGCAGCGCUGGAGGCUGCCAAAACCCCCAUGUUCACACCUCCUCAGGCUGUACUGAAUCCAGAUCAGGGAUAGGACCCACUGGCUCACCCAGCCGUCACUGUCAGUAAUACACACUGUCACUCUCUCACCCCCAUUCCCUGUGCUGUCACUCUCUCACCAUCACUCCCCGCACUAUCACUCUCUCACCCUCACUCUCCACACCAUCACUCUCCACACCAUCACUCUCUCACACUCACUAUUAAUGAGUGUUAUUCCCUCUUUAACCACUUACUCCAGCGUUAUUCCCUCUCUAACCCCUCACUCCACAGUGUUAAUCUCUCUCUAACCCCUCACUCCACAGUGUUAAUCUCUCUCUAACCCCUCAUUCCACAGUGUUAAUCUCUCUCUAACCCCUCACUCCACAGUGUUAAUCUCUCUCUAGCCCCUCACUCCACAGUGUUAAUCUCUCUCUAACCCCUCGUUCCACAGUGUUAAUCUCUCUCUAACCCCUCACUCCACAGUGUUAUUCUCUCUCUACCAUUAAUCCCCACCCCAUUGCUCUGUCUGUCUCUAACCCUGCUCAUCACCCACUACCCAUGCUGCUGUUACCUGGGCUAACGUAUGCCAUGCCUGCACGUCUUCACACUCUCCCCCAGGGGUUACUCGGUCUUUGUGGUUGAAAGAUUUACUGAUCUAUUUUUGAAGCCUCUGCCAAUAACCGGACUAUUUGGACUGUAUCCUGGUAACAUCAGUGGCCCAGGGUGCGAGUUCUCCACGGGAGCCUGGGCCUGAGCCCCACCCCGGCUCGGAUCCACCUUUGCUCUGGAUUUGUUGCGAGCUGCCCGACAUGGGGCCUUGACGGCUCCCAAACGUUGUCGCUGACGUGACAUUGCAUUUGAAGGGCUACAAGCUGAGAGCCAGUGUGUGAGUCUAUCUUUCUGCCUGCCUACGUCUGUGCUGCAUGUGUGAUCUGAUACAAUCAGUGUAGCGUUGCUGCUGUCAGGAAGCCUUCGGUUCUGGGCCACGCGGUGACUCCCUGCCAGCUCAGCGUCCUGUCGGUGACUGAAUCCCGAGACACACCUCAAAGAGACGGAUGGAUCGACAGUGCAAGGCCGGCUGCGGGCUGCCAACUCCUCUUCUGAAUGGAGAGGCAGAGAAGUGGGAUAAUCUGCCAGUGGAGUGGACUGCACAGAAAUCGAACCGGGAAUCCCGCGUGUGUGCGUUCCGAGGGUUCUGCUAAUGCACCUUAAGCAUUUCAAUAUGUGUUGUGUGGUUUCUUGAGUGUUUGUGCAGCAUGUUUUCUGGGCGGCUCCAGUGCUCUGGCCAGUCGCGGUCACAAGGAGAGCUGCUGGUGUUUUCACAUACCAAAUCUGUUAAAUGUCUUUGCUUUGUAACGAGUGGUUGGGAUGGUGAUUGGGGGAUUCAGUGGUCAGGCUCUGUUGGAGCCAGGGGUGGGGGUGACGCAUUGCUUCCUGUUGUCGUUGCAUGCCGAGAUGCUGUGUGUGUAGACUGCAUGCUGAGAGGACCCAACCCCUUCCUAAUCCAGACCGUGGGCUCCUGAUUGUCGAGUAGGCUGACUGCCCAGUCCAGUCCCAAGUCUGUCUCCACCACCCCCCCACCUCAUCUGCCCCAGGAGCAAGCCAGGGUUACCCAGGGGGGAGCAUGUGUCCAGCCAUGGGUUUAAUGGUGUUUGCCGCCACAUGACCAAAGACCAGCCCUCCCAGUGGCCGAGUAGCACCCUCAGUUUCUUCCCAUCUCUCUCUCGCACCACCCAGACCACUUCCCGUCCUCAGGCCAGUUGAGUGACUGCCCGAAUCCUCCUCACCCCCACCUAUAAUAUUUCCCCUGUUCCUGCUCACCACCACUGGGCGCCCUUUCCCCACACCAGACUUUCCUCUGUCUCUGAACCCUCCUAGUACAGACCCUCUGUCUGAUGUCCACCCUCUCCCUCCCUCCCAGAGCCCGCUCACUAACUCUGUUGUAGGCUGUUUCCUUGCCCUCUUCUGCCUGUGUGUGUACUCUCGUGGUCAAAGCAACCUGUGUGGGCACCUGCCUACAGUGUACCUCUCCUGUGUGAGUGAGUGUGUGUGUGCGCGCGCUCUCGUGAAGUUAAAGCAACCUGUGUGGGCACCUCCCUGCCAGCCAGCAGCCUGCCUGCGGUGUACCUCUCCUGUGUGUGGCAUGCCCAGGAGCCGGGAACCCUUCACUGAUGCUGUGUGUAAUUUUCUAGACAAAUGAAACAAUUGCCUUCUCAACGUUCAACUGCUCCAUCUCAUUCUUUUUUUAAAGAGGAACAUCUUUAUUGAGCAAUGGCGAAUGAUAUUUACCGGUCAGCAUACCGUGUGCACAUAGAUGUUCUGCAAUAGCAGCCCACUCACCACAGCAGACGAUGGAGACGCCCCCACAUCCCACACCUCUGACACCCAGUACGGUCUCCAACCCUCAAUAUCGUUUGUGUUUAUUUACUGUUCAAGAUGGUGUGUCUGAUCCCGGGAGUGUGUGAUGGGAUGGUGUGGAGGGAGACUCACUCUGUGUCUGACCCUGGGAGUGUGUGAUGGGAUGGUGUGGAGGGAGAUUCUCUCUGUGUCUGACCCCGGGAGUGUGUGAUGGGACGGUGUGGAGGGAGCUUCACUCUGUGUCUGACCCCGGGAGUGUGUGGUUCGAUAGUGGAUAGGGAGCUUCGCUGUGACUUUGUGAUGGGACUGUGUGGAGCAAGCUUCACUGCCUGACCAUAAGACCUAGGAGCAGAAUGAUGCAUUUCAGCCUACCAAUUCUGCUCUGUUGUCCCAUCCCAGCUGAUCUAUUAUCUUUAACCCAUUAAUCAGGAACCUAUCAAUUUCCACUUUAAAUAUACCCAGUGACUUAACCUCCACAGCUGUCUGUGGCAAUGAAUUCCACAGAUUCACCACUCCCUGGCUAAAUAAAUUCCUCCUCAUCGCCAUUCUAAAGAGGCGUCCUCAGCAGGUUGAGCAGCACCCGUGGAAAUGAUGAGUCAAUGUUUCCACGGAUGCUGCCCGACCUGCUGAGUUCCUCCAGCGUGUUGUGAGUGUUGCUUUGAUCCCAGCAUCUGCAGAUUGUUUUGUGUUAAAGAGGCGUCCUGCUAUGCUGAGUCUGUACUCUCCCUACGAUAGGAGCAUUCUCUGCAUACCCACUUUAUCUAUGCCUUUCCAUAGUCGAAAGGUUUCAAUGAAAUUCCCACUCAUUCUUCUAAAAUCUAGCAAGUACAGGCCUGGAGAUGUCAAACGGUCCUCAUACAUUAAUCCUUUCAUUCCUCUCGAGAAUGGCAUCUGGAUCCUCUCCAAUGUCGGCACAUCCGUUCUUAGAUAAGGGGCCCAAAGCUGCUGUCAAAAUAUCCAAGGGUAGACUGACCAAUGCCUUAUAAAGGUUCAGCAUUACAUCCUUUUAUAUUCCAGUUCUUUUGAAAUGAAUGUGCCUUCCUCACCACAGACUCAACCGGCAAGUUAACCUUUAGGAAAUCCUGCAGUAGGACUCCCGGGUCCCUUUGCACCUCUGAGUUUUGAAUUUGCUCCCCAUUUAAAAAAUAGUCUCUGUUUUAUUCUUUCUACUAAAGUGCAGGACCAUACACUUCCCAACACUAUUCAAUCUGCCACUUCUUUGCCCAUUUUCCUAAUCUGUCUAAGUCCUUCUGCAGACAGUCUGUUUCCUGAACACCACCUAUCUUUGUAUUGUCCACAAACCUGCACAAGUCCAUCAGUUCCAUCAUCCAAAGCAUAUAACGUGGAAAGAAGUUCCAUCACUGAACUCCUGUGGCACACCACUAGUCGCUGGCAAACAACCAGAAAAGGCCCCCUUUAUUCCCACUCUUUGCCUCCUGCCAGCCAAUCUUUUAAACAUCAUGGUAUCUUUCCUGUAAUGCCAUGAGCUCUUGUUUAGCAGCCUCAUCUGUGCCACCUAGUCAAUGUAUUUUGAAAGUCCAAAUAUACAACAUCCACUGACUCUCCUUUGUCUAUCCUACUUGUUAUUUCCUCAAAGAAUUCCAACAGAUCUGUCAGUUAAGAUUUUCCCUUGGCCUAUUUUAUUAUGUGCCUCCAAGUACCCUGGAAUUUCAUCCUUAAUAAUGGACUGCAAUGUCUUACCACCCACUGAAGUCAGACUAACUGGCCUAUAAUUUCCUUUUUUCUGCCUCCCUCCUUAAAGAGUGGGGUGACUUUUGCAAUUUUCCAAUCCUCUGGAACUAUGCCAAAACCUAGCGAUUCUAGAAAGAUCAUUACUAAUGGCCACCACAAUCUCUUCAGCUACUUCUUUGAGAAGCCUGCGUGUAAUCCAACAGAGCCAGGUGACUUACGUACCUUCAGAAUUUUCAGUUUCUCAAGCACCUUCUCCCUCGAUAUAGCAACUAUGUUCACCUCUGUCAUCUGACACCCUCAAACUCCCAGCAUACUAUUUGUAUCUUUCACAGUGAAGACUGAUGUAAGAUACUUACUAAAUGACCCUGGGAGUGUGUGAUGGGACCAUGUGGAGGGAGCUUCACUCUGUGUCUGACCCUGGGAGUGUGUGAUGGGACCAUGUGGAGGGAGCUUCACUCUGUGUCUGACCCUGGGAGUGUGUGGAGGGAGCUUCACUCUGUGUGUCUGACCCGGGAGUGUGUGAUGGGACAGUGUGGAGGGAGUUUCACUCUGUGUCUGACCCCGGGAGUGUGUGAUGGGAUGGUGUAGAGGGAGUUUCACUCUGUGUCUGACCCCGGGAGUGUGUGAUGGGACAGUGUGGAGGGAGUUUCACUCUGUGUCUGACCCCGGGAGUGUGUGAUGGGAUGGUGUGGAGGGAGUUUCACUCUGUGUCUGACCCCGGGAGUGUGUGAUGGGAUGGUGUGGAGGGAGUUUCACUCUGUGUCUGACCCCGGGAGUGUGUGAUGGGACAGUGUGGAGGGAGUUUCACUCUGUGUCUGACCCCGGGAGUGUGAUGGGAUGGUGUGGAGGGAGCUUCACUCUGUGUCUGACCCCGGGAGUGUGUGAUGGGACAGUGUGGAGGGAGCUUCACUCACUGUCUGACCCUGGGAGUGUGUGAUGGGACAGUGUAAAUGACAACAAUGGAUGUACAGAGUCUGUAUGUGGGUGGUGCAUGCCGAUCCCUGUAGACUGAGACCUAUUUUCCUUCCGGGACUGCUUGUGCAGGGUCUUGUUGCUGGCUGCACCAGUGGUGUCCUCAGCAUGGUACCACAGCUAGACAGGAGGGUUUGUGUGACCUGUUUCCUUCACCCGGGCUUUGGAUGGGGCCCAGAGAGUCACAGCCCUUCUCGGUCCCUUUUUCCAUCUAUUUGUCAAAUACAUCCUUUAGAGGGGUGGGAAUGGUCAAAUGUCUUACCCUGGGGAGCAUAAGGACCAUAGAAUACAGAGCAGUACAGACCCUUUGGUUCAUGAUGAUGAGCCAACCUUGUAACCUACUCCAAGAUCAGCCUGACCCUCUUCUCCCACAUAACCCUCCAUUUUAUUUUCAUCCAUCUGCCCAAGAGUCUCUUAAAUGUCCCCAACAUAUCUGCUUCUGCACCACUCUCUGAGUAAAACAACCCACCUCUGACAUCCCCUCUAUACCCAAUCACCUAAAAUGGAUGUCCUCUCCUAUUAGCCAUUUGCCACCCGGGGAAAAGGCUGUCUACUCUCUAUGCCUGUUCACGUCGUGUACUCUAUCAAGUCAUCCCUUAUCCUCCAUUCCAAAAAUAAAAGCGCUAACUUAAUUAACCUCUCCUCGUAAGACAUACUGUCUACUCCAGGCAGCAUCCUGGUAAGUCUCCCCUGCGCCCUCUCUAAAGCUUCCACAUUCUUCCUAUAAUGAGGCGACCGGAACUGAACACAUUAUUCCAAGUGUGGUCUAAUCAGAGUUUCAUAGAGCCGCAACAUUACCUCACGGCUCUUGAAUUCAGUCCCCCAACUAAUGAAGGCCAACACACCGUACGCUUUCUUAACUACACAAUCAACUUGUGCUGCAACUUUGAGGGAUCUGUUGAGGUGGACAUCUGACAGGGGAUCUGUUCCUCCACACUGUCAUUAACCCUGCAUUCCGGGAAGGAUGGAGAAAUGUGUUUUUUUGCCUCGGGAGGAGGUGGUGCACCGGGGAAGGAAGAGAGUGUUGGGAGGGGAAGGUCUCUUGCUUCCUCCUACCGUCUCCCUGACUGAUCUCUCCUUCCGGGACUGCUUGUGCAGGGUCUUGUUGCUGGCUGCACCAGUGGUGUCCUCAGCAUGGUACCACAGCUAGACAGGAGGGUCACUGUCGAGGAAAGAAAAGGCAAUAUUUGUAAAAUGGAGUAAAAGCAAACUGUAAGAUUCCUCAAUUUCUGUACGUCUUUCCACCUCUCUAACAGCAAUGCAUGGAAGCAAUAAAUUGUUCAACUGUAAAGCGGCGAGUUCUCUCCCUGUGAUUUUUGGCGUCCUGUGGCUCUCAGUCGCCCAUCACCGCUUCUCGGGAGUGAUGAUGCUCCGAUCACGGUCCGAGCCUGCCGCCUAGCGUCAGCUCUCUGCUCGCACAGAAAGCCGGCAGCCGCGAAUCUCCCUCUCCCUUGGCAUGAGGAAUGUGAUUUGGCCAAUUCUUCAACCCACUGUCCGACGCACUUUCGAAAGGCGAGCACCUUCGCUCCGUCCGCCGCAGAAGGCAAGAUAUCCCGGUGGCCGCCCAUUUCAACCUCGCAUUCCCAUUCCGAUUAUUGUCCAUGGACUCCUCAACAGCCACCAUAAGGCCACUCUCAGGUAGAAGGAGAAACUCCUUAUAUUCCGUAUGGAUAACCUCCAAACUGAUGGUAUAGACAUUAAUUUCCCCAACUUCCACUCAUUUCUCCUCCUCCUUGCUCUUUCCAUUCCCUUUUCUGUUCCGCUGUCACUCCUUCUCACCUCCCCCUGGUUCCUCUCCUCUCUUCCUCUCUCCCAUGGUCGAUUCUCCUAUCAGGUCUCUUCCAUCUAUCACCUUCCAGCGGCUCACUUCAUCCUUCUACCCGCCUUCCGUCUCACCUACUUUCUUUCCAGUCCUGAAGAAGGGUUUCAGUCCAAAAGCUUGACUGUUUAUUCAUUUCCAUAGAUGCUGCCUGGCCUGCUGAGUUCCUCCAGAGUUUUGGGUGCGUGUUAUUCUGCAUUUCCAGCUUCUGCAGAAUCUUGUGUUUCUCCGAAUGCUCACUCACUGUCCACAUUUUCUGUGUUGGCACUGGUUAUUCCACCUGCUCAUUUCCUAAUUCUCCCGGGCUACUGUUUGAUUUCCGUCACCAUCUCUCUCACAUUUUCCCCCUCCUCCUCACCGUUUCUGCUCCCAGGAGAGGGGAACAGCCCUUGAAACAGAGCAGAUGGCCCAGGAUAUCCCUGCGGCUAAAAUGUUGCCCUCAAUCUUCUCUUCAUUUCCACAGCCCUGACUGCCCCAGGCUAGCUUCCAGACAACACCAGGUAGAUAUGAGAUCACAUCCACCCUGGGAUUACAGGAGAGAGGUAAUCAAAAGCAACAGACAUGGAAUUGGUUAGUUAUUGUUAUAUGUACCAAGAUACAGUGAAAACCUUGUCACCAUCAGGUUUAUUAUCACGGUUCUGAGGUUUGUUGUUAGCGGCAGGAGUACAGUGCAAGACCAGAAUUAUUAUAAAUUAUAACAAGGAUCUAUAGAAGAACAAUUAGUGCAUAAAGAAAGCUGGUGUUCAUAAACCGUUCAGAAAUCAGAAGGCGGAGGGUAGAAACUGGUCAUGAGUCUCUGAGUGUGGGUACAUGUGUGCAGCACAGGUGAAAAGUAAACAACACAAUGUCCUAGUCAUAGAACUACAGCACAGAAACAGAUCCUUCAGCCCCCCUAGUCCAUAAUCUGCCCAGUCCCACUGACCUGCACCUGGACCAUAACCCUCCACAUCCCUCCCAUCCAUGUACCUAUCCAAUUUCUUUUAAACUUUGAAAUCGAACCCCCAUCACCACUUCUGUUAACAGCUCGUUCCACACACCCUUAGUGAAGAUGUUCUUAAACAUUUCACCUUUCACCCUUAACCUCUAGUUAUAAUCCCACCCAACCCCAGUGGGAAAAGCCUGCUGCCAUUUAACCUAUCUAAACUCCUCAUAAUUUCCUAUAAAUCUAUCAAGUGAAACACCUUAGUAGGGAACCUUGGUUUUCAAGAGAUAGUGUGGCAUUGGUUAAGAGAAAAAAGGAGGUGCAUAGCAGGUAUAGGCAGGUAGGAACAAAUGAGGUGCUUAUGAGGUAUAAGAAAUGCAAGAGAACACUUAAAAAAGGAAUUGGGAAGGCUAAAAGAAGACAUGAAUUUGCUCUAGCAGACAAGGUGAAGGAGAAUCAGAAUCUGUUUUAUUAUCACUGGCAUGUGUUGUAAAAUUUGUUAAUGUAGCCUAAGGGAUUCUACAGAUUUGUUAAGAACAAAAAGAUUGCAAGGGACAAAGUUGGUCCCCCUGAAAGACCUGAAUGCUAAUCCAUGUGUGGAGCCAAAACAGAUGGGGAACAAUUUUUUUGCAUCUGUAUUUACUCAGGAGACCGAUGCAGUGUCUAGAGGCAAAGUGGUAUCAACUUUUCAGAUUACAGAAGAGGAGGUGUUUGCCACCCCGAGGCAAAUCAGGGUGGAUAAAUCCUCACGUUCUGACAAGCUGUUCCCUCAGACCCUAUGGGAGACAAGUGCAGAAAUUGCCAGGGCCCUAGCAAAGACAUUUAAAACAUCCUUAACAACAGGAGAGGUACCAGAGAAUUGAAGGAUAACCAAUGUUGUUCUGCUGUUUAAAAAAUGGUCUAAACAUAAACCAAGACAUUUCAGGCCGGUGAGUCUGACAUCAGUGUAGGAAAGUUAUUGGAAGGUAUUCUAGGGGUCCAGAUAUAUAAGUGUUUGGAUAGAUAUAGACUGAUUUAGGAUCACGCACAAAAUGCUGGAGGAACUCAGCAGGCCAGGCAGCAUCUAUGGAAAAAAAAGUACAGUUGACGUUUUGGGCCAAGAACCUUUCCUUUAAGUUUUUCCAUAAACGCUGCCUGGCCUGCUGAGUUCCUCCAGCAUUUUGUGUGUGUUGCUUAGAUUUCCAGCAUCUGCAGAUUUUCUCUUGACUGAUCUAGGAUAGUCAGCAUGGCUUUGUGCAUGGUAGGUCAUGUAUAACUAAUCUUACAAAGUUUUUUUGAGGAAGUUAUCAGGAAAGGGGAUGAAGGCAAGGCAAUAGAUGUUGUCUGCUUAGACUUUAGUGAGGCAUUUGACAAGGUUCUGCAUGGGAGGCUGAUCAGGAAGGUUCAGUCGCUCAGCAUUCAGGAUGAGGUAGUAAAUUGGAUUGGACAUUAGCUUUGUGGGAGAAGCCAGAGAGACUGAAGGACUGUAAAUAGUAAUGUGUCACAGGGAUCGGUGCUGGGUCCUUUGUUGUUUGUCAUCUAGAUCAAUGAUCUGAAUUGAAUUGAAUUGACUUAUUUCUUACAUCCUUCACAUACAUGAGGAGUAAAAAUCUGUAUGUUACAUCUCUGUCUGAAUGUGCAAUUUAUAGUAUUUUGUAAUAAAGUGUAUGUACAACGGGACAGUCAAUACAACAUAGAAAUAUAGUUGUGUCAGCGUGAAUUAAUCAGUCUGAUGGCCUGGUGGAAGAAGCUGUCCUGGAAUGCCUCUACUCCUCAGCCUUUUCUCUCCAGUCCUGCUGAAAGGUUUCAGCCCGAAACAUCAGCUGUACUUUUUUCCCCAUAGAUGCUGCCUAGCCUGCUGAGUUCCUUCAGCAUUUUACACACCUGUCUUUGUAAAUGUCCUGAAGGAUGGGAAGUUCACAUCUACAGAUGUGCUGGGCUGUCCGCACCACUCUCUGCAGAGUCCUGUGAUUGAGGGAAGUACAGUUCUCAUACCAGCCAGUGAUGCAGCCUUUCAGGAUGCUCUCAAUUGUGCCCCUGUAGAAAGUUCUUAGGAUUUGGGGACUCGUGCAAAAUUUCUUCAACUGUCUGAGGUGAGAGAGGUGCUGUUGGGCUUUUUUCACCGCACAGCCCGUAUGUACAGACUAUGUGAGGUCCUUGGUGAUGUGUAUGCCGAAGAACUUAAAGCUGUUCACCCUCUCAACCCCAGAUCCAUUGAUGUUUGUAGGGGUUAGCCUAUCUCCAUUCCUCCUGUAGUCCACAACCAGCUCCUUUGUUUUUGCGACAUUGAGAGAGAGCUGCUUUCUUUACACUACUGUGUCAGGGUGAUCUGGAUAAAAACGUGGUUAACUGGAUCAGCAAAUUAGUGGAUAACAUCAAGAUUGAGGGUGUAGU